UGUAGCUGGCUCCCCUCUCUAGCCCACAUAUUCAAUGUACAGGUAGCUUAGACCAUGACAGGCAUCGCCGCUGCCUCCUUCUUCUCCAACAGUUGCAGAUUCGGUGGUUGCGGACUCCACUUCGAAUCGUUGGCCGAACUCAUCGUGCAUAUUGAGGAUAACCACAUCGACACAGAUCCUCAUCAGUUGGAGAACCAGGAGCAGCAGCAGCCCACCUAUGUUGCCCUCAGCUACAUCAACAGGUUUAUGACAGAGGCAGCGCGUCGGGAGCACCAUGAGAGGCUGAAGAGGAAGGUGCACCCCAAGCUGUCUCAGACAGGCAGUCUGUCUCGUAGCAGUAACAUCUCCACUCCUCCCAGACACAGCAGUGGGAACCUCACCCCGCCUGUCACCCCUCCCAUCACACCCUCUUCCUCCUUUCGUAGCAGCACUCCUACGUGCAGUGAGUAUGAUGAGGAGGAGGAGGAGGAGGAGGACUAUGAGGAGUCAGACAGUGGUGAGUCCUGGACCACAGAGAGUGCCAUCAGCUCAGAGUCUAUCCUCAGCUCCAUGUGUAUGAAUGGAGGAGAGGAGAAACCCUUCGCCUGCCCUGUGCCUGGCUGCAAGAAGAGAUACAAGAAUGUGAACGGGAUCAAGUACCACGCCAAGAAUGGCCACCGGACACAGAUCCGCGUCCGCAAGCCCUUCAAGUGCCGCUGUGGGAAGAGCUACAAGACGCCCCAGGGCCUGAGGCACCACACCGUCAACUUCCACCCGCCAGUCUCUGCCCACAUCCGCAAGAUUCAGCAGUAGCACCCCCCCACCCCAUUUUCUUCAUAUCUUUGUACUUUUUCACAUUUGAGCUAUCAUGUGUCUUUUUGAUAUAUUUUUGGCACAUGGUGCUUACUGUUAAGAUGAUGAUGAUGCUAUGUUUGAAAUAGUGCGUAUUGCCGCGUUCAAAACAACUCGGAACUCAGAACACUUCGACUUCAGUGCAGGGAUCUUUUCUUUUUUUUGUGACUGGCUCUGACUUCCGAACGGUCAUCCAGCUCGGAAUUCCAAGUCGGAAACUCUGGCAUCUUUAUAGAGCUCCGACUUUCCGACCUGAAGAUCACUGACGUCAUGA